AUGGCAACGGCAAAGGAUGAUGUGGAAGUGCCGCUGGAGCCACCCAAGCCUCCGUUCUUCACCCGACUGAGAUGGCACAUAAGAGACGGUCUUGAAGAUGGACUGGAGUGGUACAACGAGUUGAACCUCCCACGGGUCAUGUACCAUCUGCUAUCCCUUGUCUACUUCUCCUUCAUCAUGUAUCUCGCAUAUUCCGUGCUGCCCAUGUCUGGAAACUGGACUCACACCCGACAACAAUUCGACAAAAUCCCUAAUGUUUCUCAGGACUUGAGCAGGCGAGUUUACUUCAACUCCUUUCGUGGAUCCUCCGAGUGCAACAUCCGCGCCAUCGAUCUGUACCAGCCUCCCUCGCAAGAUCAGCUGCUACAUGGACCUCCCACUGUGUACUGUCCUCGGCGCAAGGAGCUGCUGGAGGCCAUGUCAGGUGGAGGUCGAAUUGGGUUUGAUACGCCAUACUUCCCAAGAGACUGUCAUUACCGCUGGUACUCAGUGGAAGAGAUCUGCAUGAUCCUCGAACGCUUCGACGCUAUUGUGUUUGUGGGCGACUACAACCUCCAGGCCAUCUACAACGGACUCAACAUCCUCUUGCGACGAGACUUGACCCACGGGGCCCUGAGAACCUGGGAUAUGGACAAGGACAAACUUCGCCAAUGCAGCUGUGACAACCAGUUCACCUCGCAGAGCUGCUCCGGACACUUCAUCACAUCGAGCAACGACCUCCCCAGCCAUCCCUCCGGCCGAGCUGAUGGGCAACCUUACCUCUGCAGCAGCAGCCGAACAGCCCAUGCCUUCCUCGAGAUCAGCACCUCCCCAGCGCCGUCCUCCGUGAUUGAAAAGUUCAAACAGCUGGUCCCCCGCGUGCCACGGUCGAACUACCACCCGAUCGCCAUCGUCCACGGCCUCUCUCCCAACACCGCUACCUCAGAAACCGCCAUCGCGUCGCUGGAAGAGUUCUUGGCGCUCGCAGACUCGUCUCAUCGCAAGACUCCCAUGCUCUGGAUCGGCCCCACCGCCUCGGGCCACACAGAGAUCCGUGGCCGGAAAGGGAACCAAGAGAUAUGGGACUUUGAUCGCCGCCUCGCGGGCGUGGCCGGGGACAACGAUGUCGAAGUGUUGAGGAUGUGGAACAUGACAGUCCAGGCGAACAGUUGGGACGGAAUGAGGUUUGGAGAAAAGGUCGCUGUCACACAGGCCAUGAUGGUGCUGAACUGGUUGGCGAGGUUGCCUUCCAGCUGA